UACUGAUUAUAGUGGAUUACGGAAUGCGUAACGAUGGUGGUCUUUCGCAGGCUAAUUCCGCUAAUUUUAGCAGUUACUAGUUUGGUCGUAGACUGCAGCGAUGAACGGCGACAUCGACCUCCGGUUGCGAAGCAUGGCAGCGUGCAUCCGCAUAGCGAGGACGAGGCAUCCAGAAUAGCGACACGGAUCGAGGAGCUGGAUGACGAUGCGGAAGUGAAUCCCUGGGAAUUGAGCGGAUUGUUCGAAGGUGAUAUGCUGCUGGAUCCAAAGCAUGCUCGGAAUGGGAUACUUAAUGAGACCACACGAUGGACUAAUGGGACCGUGCCGUACUACAUUGAGGAGGAUGAUUUCACGGAUGAAGAGGAGCUCGUAAUCCUGAAAUCCAUCAAGGAGUAUCAUGAGAAAACUUGUAUCAAGUUCCGUCCUUAUCAGAAAAACGAUACCAAUUGGGUGGUGUUUCGAUCUAACAGUAGCGGAUGCUGGUCCAACGUGGGCAUGCAAUCGGGAGGUCAAACGGUCAAUCUACAAUCCUCGGGUUGCGUACGGCACGGGGUUGUGAUUCAUGAACUGCUUCACGCAAUAGGAUUCUACCACCAGCAGAGUGCCUCCAAUCGGGAUGACUACGUGCGGAUCUUGUGGGAAAAUAUAGAUCCAGGUCACGAGUAUAACUUCAACAAGUACAAUGCGAGUGAUGUGACAAGCUACGGAAUCGAAUACGACUAUGGCAGUAUCAUGCACUACAGUGCGAAGGCGUUCUCGAAGAACACGGAACCGACGAUCGAGGCUCUGCAGUCGAACGUGACAUUGGGGCAGCGGAAGGGUCUCAGCGAGAAGGAUAUUGCCAAGUUGCAGCACAUGUACCAAAGUCGAUGUUCGCAGCGACAUGAGUCGGAGAACUCGGAACCACCCGGGUUUGUUGAUCAGUUUAAUUCGAUGUUCGGUAUAAUUGGAUAGAAGGGAAUGUUUUCGUUGGUUUAUAGAGCAAAAUAAAGGUAUUUAAUGUUAGGAGUCAUCCUUAUUGCAGGGAUGGCGAUUUUAAUCUGUUUAUUUGACACGACUCAAUGCGUGGGCUUAGCAGAGUUGGUGUAUCUUUUUAUAGAUUAACAAUAAAUAAACAAUGGAAGUCUGUUUUUCAGUUUA